CAGUGCAUUUCAGGCUGCAGCCUGGGUAUGCGCAACAUCCGACCUCCUCCAGGCUCCUCCUCCUCCCGCCCGAGCAGCCCGACUGCCUGCCUGUGCCCGGACCAGGGAAGGAACCAAGAAGAAAAGACCAGCGCUGGCUGAAGUCCGCUUCACCAGACCAGAGUGACAGUCCAGAUUAAAAGGUAAACCUGUGGUUAUAAGAAAAUUGCCACCAUGAAUGACUCUGAUUCCAAUUUUUCCUGCUACCAUCCAUCCAUUGUGGAGUAUCGUUAUUUUGCUGUGACAUGGGGUAUUAUUGUGACUUUGGUGGGGACACUUGGCAAUGUGCUGACAGUAAUUGCGUUUGCACUAGACAAAAAGCUACAAACUCGCUUCAACCUACUCAUCGUCAAUCUGACUUUGGCUGACAUCUUGUACUGCUUAUUUUUGCAGCCUUUUUCAGUAGACUCAUACCUCCACCUUUACUGGAGAAGCGGAGCCACCUUCUGCAGGGUCUUUGGAAUGUUAUUGUUUGUAUCCAAUUCCGUAUCCAUUCUGAACUUGUGUCUUAUUGCUGUUAGUCGGUACAUCCUCAUUACUAACAACAAACUGUUUGAUCGAAUAUUUUCCAGACUGGGCACAACUCUUAUACUGCUGUGCACAUGGGUGAUUGGGUUUGCAAGUUUUGCCCCACUUUGGCCAGUCUUCGUCUUAGUGCCCAAGGUCUGCACCUGCAGCUUUCAUCGUAUAAGGGGCAGGCCUUACACCACCAUAUUGAUGGUAUUUUACUUUGUGGUGGGCCUAGGAUGUGUUGGGGUCUUUUACUACCUGAUUCAUCGUAAAGUAAAAUCUGCUGCCAAGGCUCUUGACCAGUACAAGCUCGGCAAUGCCAAGAAGGUGAAAUCAAGUGAUUCUGGAUUGAACUCAGGUGUGGUCGGCAAGUUUCAUGACCUAGAAGACAGUGGAGUGGACACUGCAGCAUCUAGCGAGGUAAUCUCAGAACAUCUUCCAUCCUCAAGGGCUACUGACACCUCAAGUUCUUCUGAUUAUGUGAAAUCAGUACCUGCAUCACAGCCAAAAGACACUGGGUCAGAUUUCAAAAAGGUCACCCGUAUGUGUUUUGUUGUCUUUCUCUUUUUUGUUAUCAGCUAUAUUCCAUUUAUGCUGCUUAACAUUUUUGAUGCCAAAAACAAAGCACCGCAAGUGCUUCACAUGAUUGCUGCAAACCUGACAUGGUUAAAUAGCUGCAUCAACCCCAUACUCUACGCAGCCAUGAAUCGCCAGUUCCGUGAUGCUUACAAAAGAGUUUUGUUACUUGUCAUUAACAAAUUCAGAAGAACGUGAGAAAUACAGGAGCUUUUUAAAGACUGGACCUUUCACUGUUUAUUAUGGAAACACAAUUGUAUGAACUCAAUAUAAAGCACAAAUUUCAUGAUUUCUUUUCCCAUUCCCACUAUGGGACAAACAUGAAUAUAUAAAAAAUAUUUCUUUAACUUUUUUCUGCCAGUAUUAGGAGUGAUUUUUUUUUUAAUAUGAAGUAUGGAUGUCUGUCUUUUUUUUAUUUUUAUUUUAUCGCUGUACAGUUAUUUAAAUAAUAUUCUCAACAUAUUUAUGUAGACCUAUACCGCAUUAUAAAAAUCAGGCAGACAAAACAAAAUACAGGAAUGUGAUUCUGACAUUCUAAAUCAUGACUAUUUUCAGCUUCUACUAUGAGAUUUACUAAAUGGCAUAGUUUAUAGUGGUCUGCCAGUUUUGGGCAUUAAUAUUAGAACAGGUUUAAGGCAAAAUCACAUGGUCCCAUUAUUUGGCUAAUUUCAGAUUGGCAACAAGGUAUUAAAGGAUGUACUAAGCUGAACAUUCAAUUCAUUGUCUGGUAGAUACCCCAAAUACACCACAUUCACAGACCUCGAGACCUAUGCCACAUGCCAUAGGACACAUGAUGGCGAAAAGAGUGCUGUACACUUGAUACUUUAAAUAUUUUUAAGCCACAUAUACUGUCUGUCUGAUUAUUUAUUGCUGGCAUAUGUUUUGGACAUGGAUAAGCACUAUAUUUAUUUUGUUUUGCUUUGUGCACUUAUGUAUAUAAAAUAAGCUAUAAGGGUGCUGUAUGUAUAUAUUGUAAUAAAGGUUUUUAUUCUUAUCAC